GUUGCUGUGUGAAUUUUGCGUGGGUGGGAACUGCGCAGUUGACCACAUUGGCAUUACUCAGAUAAAUAGCAGCGCAGACAUGCUCAGAGGUGGAAGUAGAGCUGUAAUUGGUUUCGAGCAGAACACACUGAACUGCCAGCAGCUGUCCAACUAAUCUAUUCUCUCGGAGGCAACCCGAAAUAUACUGAAGAUGUUGACUGACACAACUCCCCAAGCAAGCAUGGCCAACACGUCACAUGCCAACACGUCCUGCAAUUACAAAGACCAGUAUAAGUACAUGAUCUACUCUGCAGUCUACAGCCUUGUGUUCGUCAUUGGUCUGUUCUCCAACAUAUUGGCUCUCUUUGUGUUCUGUCGCAUUGCCAAGAGAAGGAAUGCCAGCACUAUUUACCUCAUGAACCUUGCCAUUGCUGACCUCCUCUUCUGCCUCAGCCUACCUUUGCGUGUGGUGUAUUACCUGAGAGAAGGUAACUGGCCGUUCGGAGAUUUUCUAUGCAGGAUCUCUAGCUACGUUUUCUACGUCAGUAUGUACUGCAGUAUUUUCUUCCUGACCUGCCUCAGUGUGUCUCGAUAUCUAUCUCUAGUUCACCACGCAGCGCAUCAAAGGGUGUUCACCUUCCGCCGCUGCAUUAUAGCAUGCGUCAGUGUUUGGUUGUUUGUCUUAGUGACUACAGCUCCGUUCCUUUUGAACGGAAGUCAUCAAUUAAAGGGCAAAGUCAAAUGUUUCGAGCCGGUGCAUGUGGAUUCCUGGACUCGAAUUGUGCAGUUGAAUUAUUUUGCUCUCAUUGUCGGAUUGCUGCUCCCGCUCACGAUCAUUGUCAUCUGCUACGUGCUGAUGAUAAGACACCUGGUAAGGUUUGACUGCAAAUCCAAACGGGUCAAGAGAGAUGUGGCGAUGACCAUAUUGGUCCUGGGGGUGUUCUUCAUCUGCUUCCUCCCCUAUCACGUACAGAGGACGGCGCACUUACACUUCCUGGUACAUCACCCUAACAACUGCGUCCUGGAAAACAUCCUCCGCAAGACCGUGGUGGCCACGCUGUGCCUGGCCGUGGCGAACAGUUGCUUUGAUCCCCUGCUCUAUAUCUUUGUGGGGCAAGGCUUCAGAACCUUCAUUAAAAUGUGGCUGAGGAAGAAAGAGGUUGACCCGGCCUACAACAAUUCCAGUAGCAUGCUUGCCAUCAGCUUGGCAUUCAUACAACAGAGUAGGGAGUUGGAGAUGUCCACAUUAGCACCACUAAACCCUGGUCCAAUCUUGGACAUUGAAGAAGCCCAGAAAGACCAUAGCAGGGCCAAGCAGGAUAACAAAACUAACCUAUCUUUAGUGAAACAGUGAUGAUCUAACAUCCACCAGUUAGCAUGGUUUAUUGGCAAGUUUACCAGUGGGCUAACUGACAGACUAUCUGACCAUAUCAACGGAUCAUUUCUGCCCGGUUGUCCAGCCGACAUUUCAAGAAUAUUGGGUUUGAGAAUAUGAACAAAAUAUCAUCAACUUCUUUUCUCGACUCUCAUCCGCCAGACACUCGUAAAUGCGCAUGACUAUAAACAAUGCAACUUUAAUCAAGAAGCUUUAAAAUCGUUUUUUAAAAUGUGAUUAUAGAAGUAAGUUUUUCCAUACCUCACUUUCCAGCACUUUGUAGAUAUUUGUUGACUUUUUAAAGACACAGUCUAGGGGUACAAUCCCCAAGAGGCUUUGUUGUAAAGUAUACCGAGUCAACCUCAAGAAGACCUUGGAAAAAGGUCACCUCAAACUCACAUGUGACCUCUGACCCGGAAGUGAGAGUUCCACCAUUGCACAAUGAAUGUAGAUGUCCUGAGGAGGUUCACAACCCAAUAUCAUGUGGAUCAACCUGCUUGUAAGAUAACAUAAAAGUUAAAAGACUCAAACCAGAAAAUCAGGAGAAAAAGAACAUUAAUGUGGUAAGCUCCACAUACAGCAAUUCCUGAUUAAAAGCUGAUUGUUAAAAUCUGUUACUAUGACAAGACUUCCCUUUAGAGCUCAAUUUAUGGGAGGGCGUCAGAUUGCAGUCAACUGUUAUCAAAUUAAGAGAACUCAGACCCAAACUCAACGGGUCAGACAGCAUCUCUGGAAGAAAGGAAUAGGUGACGUUUCAGGUCGUGACCGUUCUUUGUCUUAAUAUCUAGAUUAACAUCUCUUUAAAUGCAAGAGUUGACUGUGCCCUUACUCAUUGUAUACUGAGCAAGACAUUUUCUCUCAAGGAUAAUAAUUUGGAAUAAUAAGAAUAAAGUGGUCGGAAACAAGAAUGAGCCAGAUAGGAAACAGAGUAGCGAUUAGCGGGUCCCUUUCAGAAUGGCAGGCAGUGACUAGUGGGGUACCGCAAAGCACGGUGCUGGGCCCGCAGCUAUUUACAAUAUAUAUUAAUGAUUUAGAUUAAGUGAUCAAAAGUAACAUUAACAAAUUUGUCGAUGACACAAAUUUGUUGAUGGGUGGCAGUGUGAACUGUGAAGAAGAUGCAGGGUGACUUGGACAGGUUGGGUGAGUGGGCAGAUGCAUGGCAGAUACAGUUUAAUGUGGAUAAAUGUGAGGUUAUCCACUUUGGUAGCAAAAACAGGAAGGAAGAUUAUUAUCUAAAUGGUGUCAAGUUGGGAAAAGGGGAAGUACAAUGGGAUCUGGCGGGGGUCCUUGUUCAUCAGUUACUAAAAGUAAGCUUGCAGGUACAGCAGGCAGUGAUGAAAGCUAAUGGCAUGUUGGCCUUCAUAACAAGAGGAAUUGAGUAUAGGAGCAAAGAGGUCCUCCUGCAAUUGUACAGGGUCCUAGUGAGACCACACCUGAAGUAUUGUGUGCAGUUUUGGUCUCCAAAUCUGAGGAAGGACAUUCUUGCUAUUGAAGGAGUGCAGCAUAGGUUCACGAGGUUAAUUCCCCCGAUGGCGGGACUGUCAUAUGUUGAUAGAAUGGAGCGGCUGGGCUUGUAUACACUGGAAUUUAGAAGGAUGAGAGGAGAUCUUAUUGAAACAUAUGAUUACUAAGGGAUUGGACACGCUAGAGGCAGGAAACAUGUUCCCGAUGUUGGAGGACUCCAGAACCAGGGGCCACAGUUUAAGAAUAAGAACGGCAAUGAGGAAAUACUUUUUCACCCAGAGAGUUGUGAAUCUGUGGAAUUAUCUGCCUCAGUGGAGGCCAAUUCUAUGGAUGCUUUCAAGACAGAGUUCGAUAGAGCUCUUAAAGAUAGCGGAGUCAGGGGAUUUGGUGAGAAGGCAGAAAUGGGGUACUGAUUGUGGAUGAUCAGCCAUGAUCAUAUUAAAUGGGGGUGCUGGCUCGAAGGGCCGAAUGGCCUACUCCUGCACCUAUUGUCUAUUGUCUUUGGUCUAUUAAGCCAUUGCGAAUGGAUGGAACUCAACAUAAGUUUACAAGAUAUAUAUGAUCUAAUCUGGAUCUAAUCUGCACUUCAGUAACUCUGUGUUAGUGCAUUGAAUCUCCACUGUUCUCUUCCCACCAUCUCUCUCAGGAAGUAAUUAAUUCCAUAUCAUGCUAUACCUGAAUAAUUCUCUAGCUUUAUCAAUAAUUUUCCUUUAACAUCAAAGAAUUUCCUAAAGAAAGACACAAAGUGCUGGAGUAAUUCAACAGGUCAGGAGAACAUAGAUAGGUGAUGUUUCAGGAUUGGGACACUUCUUCAGACUGAUAGCUGGAGGUGUGCGGUGUGAGAGAAAGCUGGAAGGGGAGGCGAAGCGGGACGGAUCAUAGCCGGUAAUAAGUAUCGGGCCGGAAUCGAGUUUUUCGAUAGGCAGAUUAUUGGACAAAAACCUGGGAGAAAAAAUAGGUGAGAGUCUAGUUUAGUUCAGAAAUACAGUGCAGAAACAGGCCCUUCAGCCCACUGAGUCUGUGCCGACCUCAUAUACUAGCACUAUCCAACACACUAGGGACAAUUUACAAUCUUUUGCUGAAGCCAAUUAACCUAAAAAUCAAUACAUCUUUGGUGUGUGGGAGAAAACCCAAGCGGUCACGGGGAGAAGGUACAAACACCAUACAGACAUCCCCCGUAGUCAGGAUCAGACCAGAGUCUCUGGUGCCGCAAGGCAGCAACUCUACCGCUGCGCACCAUGCCACCCAAAAGUCAAAAGGGUAAAGAGUUGCGAAUUGUGAAGCCGGAGAAAGGAAUGGAGGGGGAGGGGGAGGGGAGAAAAAUUAUUUCCUAAAAUUUGUUAUUGUCUGGCAAUGUCAAAGAGGUUUUUAGACAACCAGAUGCAGAGAAAAGAAUGGAAGGGUUGGAGAGCAUUAGAAUAAUCAGUAGGACGUGGUCCAUGUGAAACUCAAGGAUAGUAAUCGAGAACCAAAGGACGCAGGU